AUUAAUAUUAAUUAUACAUGCCUUAAUUAUCCAAGCAAAUUCAAUACGGACUUGUUGCAGCAUUUGCGUAAGAGCUUAUUCAUCUAUAUUUAGAGUUGGUUUGGGUACACUCAAAGUUGCUUAACGACCAUUUGAAACAUGCAUUGGAUAUGUUCUCUCUUUAGGAUCAAUUGUGUAUAUAAUUUCUCUAUGCAAGUAUCUUAUUAGGUUGGGACAAAUUACCAUUUAACUAAACUAAUUCAAAUGAUAAUGAAGAAUUAACAAAGGAUGAAUUAUAUGAAAGAAGAAGAUUAUUAAAGGAAGAAAAGAAACGAUAAAAAUAACUUGAAGCUUAAGAAUUAAAGAAAUAAUAAAGAUCCCCAUCUUCUGAAUCUCCAGAUAAAAAAUCACCUGAAAGAGCAUCAUCUCCAUCAGAAAGUGAAGGAGAAAAAAAAAAAGUAUAAGAAACUAAAACCAAUUAAAAAUAAUAAUAAUAAUCAAAAGUAAAUUAAUAAUAAAACUAAAAGUCAAAUAAAUAAUAAUAACAAUAAUAAUAAUAAUAAUAAUAAUAAUAAUAAUAAUAAUAAUAAUAAUAGAAUACAAAAUAAUAAACUAAAGAAAAAGGAAAAUAAACAUAAGAAAAAUAAAAACCAUAACCAUAAAAAGUUGAAGAUGAUGAUGAUGAAUGGGAAGAAGUCUCUUAUCCAAGAUAAAAUAAAAAAGCCAAUCUUAUUAAAUAAUAAUAAUAAGCAGAAGCUUAAAAAUAAGCUGAAGCCAAAGCUGCUGCUGCUGCAAAAGCUGCUGAAGAUGCAAGAAUUGCUGCAGAACUUGCUGUUAAAGCUGCAGAAGAAGCUGCUUAAGCUGCAAAAUAAUAAAAAGGGUACUUUAUUUAAUAAUCUUAUCAUAGAUCUAAAGGUAAAAAUACUACUGCUAAAUAACAAAAAAUUGAGGAAUAAGAAGAGUAAUUAUUAAUAAUUAUAUUAUUAGUGAUGAUGGUUGGGUUAAAAUUGAUUCACCAAAUAAGAAAUAAAAAGGAGGAAAGAAAAACAAAUGAGCUGUUUUUUUAUACAUAAAUAUAAGAAUUAAUGUUAUCU